GUUCAUCUUUCUAACCCCAAAUCCCAUCAUCUCAACAUCAUCUUCUUUCUUCAUCGUACAAAAAUGUCGCUAACUCUAACCAACACCUUCCUCUACAGAAACCCUCCUGCACAACCAUCAAUCAAAAAGGAACCCACAUUCACACCCCCAAAAUGGACCUGCAGGAAGAAAGACAUCCACCCAGAAUUCUUCGAGGACGCCAAGGUUUACUGCAGCGGCGAACAUGUUCUGACCACCGGCGGAACCAAGAAAGAGUAUGUUGUUGAUGUCUGGUCCGGCAACCACCCGUUUUAUUUAGGAAGCCGGUCUGCAAACCUGAUUGAUGCUGAUCAGGUUGAGAAGUUUCGUAAGAAGUUUGGUGGGGUUGGUGGGUUGGAUCAGUUUAUGCAGAUUCCCACUCUCAAGGGUGAAAUUGUAAUUCCACCCAAGAGGAAGAAUGCUGCUGGUAAAGGCAAGAAGAAAUAGGUUAUUUAUGUUAUUGGGAUUUUGAUGACAUGUGGGUUUUUGCAUAUUGGAAGCUUGAUUAUGGUGCAUGGUUUUAGGUUUUUCUGAUGAAAUGUUUUUUUUUAAUGCAAGUUAAUAUGUUUUUCA